GUUUGGUUCUUUUCAAAAUAAAAACCUUGCUGAAUUAGUGUAGUUCAAAUUAAUCUUGAAAAAGGACAUCAUGGCGGCGCCCAUGGAAAGUAAAUUUUCGUUUCAGUUGCGGGGAACUCGUGUUGCAACUUUAUCAUGGUUAUGUUGCAAUAAUUGGUCGUGUCAGUCAUGAACUUGAGCGUUUGGCUUUUAGGCAACUUUGUUGUGAAUCGUUUAGCGUCGCGUUUUUAGUUUGGCCUUUUAGGAUAAGAAUGUUGAGCUUUCUUGAAAGUCGGCGAAAUGGGACCAGGAAACCGGAGUCGAUGGUUCGCGCUGAAGUGACGCGCCGAACGUUUUGUCUGGAGUUAAGUAAAGGAAGAGAUGUGCAACGAAUCCAUCAGAGUGGUAUAAAUACACUUGACAUCGACCCUACUGAAGGAAGAUACCUGCUGUCUGGAGGAUCUAUGGGCGUCAUAGCUGUGUUUGAUAUUGAGGCAGUACCAGCAGUGAAGGAAGUUACUUGUGAAGCAGUGUGCACAGUGGGAAGGUCAAACAAGCAUGUCCACAAGCGGAGCGUGGAGACAGUUCAGUGGUACCCCCAUGACACCGGGAUGUUUACGAGUAGCUCCACUGACUGCCUGCUCAAAGUCUGGGACACCAAUGCCCUGGUCCCAGCAGAGACAUUCACCAUGGACAAGCCCAUCUAUAGCCACAAUAUGUCACCCAUUGCUACCAAGCAUUGCCUCAUUGGAGUGGCCUCGCAGAGUUCCCACAUCACCCUUUGUGACCUCAAGACCGGGUCAGCCACCCACAUCCUGAAGGGUCAUCGGGCAGCCGUCAUGUGCCUCAAGUGGUCUCCCAAGCAGGAGUUUCUCCUGGCAUCGGGGAGUCAGGACAACAAACUGUUGUUGUGGGACGUCCGUAGAGCCAAAUCCUGCUUGAUGGCCCUAGACCAACACAAUGGGGAAGCAGUGGGCCAUUCGUCUGCCGCUGUGCGUACAGCUCACAGCGGACACGUCAAUGGUCUGAGCUUCACCGAUGAUGGCUUACGCAUCCUAAGCUUUGGUACCGAUGAUCGGCUCCGCCUGUGGGACGUCGCAACUGGCAAGAACACGUUGGUCAAUUUUGGCAAAGUCACAAACGACGGACGAAAAAAUGUGAAAAUUGCCAUCUCGUCAGGAGCGGUGCCCGACGCAGCCUUUGUACCCAACACGGCCGACGUGGCUGUGUUUGACCUUCACAAUGGGGAGCUUGUGUAUGAUCUGAAGGGUCACUAUAGCAACGUUAACUGCUGUGUUUUCCAUCCGCUAUUUCAGGAACUCUACAGUGGGGGUAACGAUAGUAAUAUUCUCCUUUGGGAGCCGGACGAAGGAAGGGUGGUGGAUCUCGGAGAGGAGAAAGAAGAAAAACAGAAGAAGGGACGCACAUUCUAUGGGCAGACUAUGACUGCUACCGAGGACACCUGGAGCAGCGAUGAAGAUGGCUGAAGAUGACCCAAUGACUGCUUGUCGUCAGUAGCAGUGUAGCAGGCUAAAAAAUAAACAGGUCAUCCUGACGUGUUCAGUACUCAGCCAGUGACGCGGGGACUGUGCCUACCCACAGCGCCCUGUGGUGGCAGCAGAGAGCAACGACGCAUUUUGGAUUCACGUGUGUCGGCCGUGGUCAUGCAACAAAGUGAUGCUGGGAACAAUAGGAGGAUUCAUCUACAGUUUGAAAAUUUAAAUUUAUUCAAACAACAGGAAGACAAUGAGAAUGGAUCACACUUGUCAACCCAAACACAGUUCAAACCAAGGCCACAGUGGUACAUAGACGAAAAAUCCCGCCCCCCUCCUUGUUCCAGCAUCCAUGAAAAAUGAAUAUUCAGGCAUUAGUGUCUCUCUCUCUCUCUCAGACUGAAGACCUGUACCUUAAAUGACACAGAGUGGAAUAGUGGUAGAGCACUGUCCAACAACUUACCCCAAUUAAGUUUGUCUGUACGACCAGGAAAAUUUAGUGCCGUUGUCAGAACCAUAGGGCACGUGGGGAGGUGUAUUACAUCACGGCAAGUGCAUUGAAGAGCAUCAGAAAGCAGCUUGAAAUCAGAUUCAAGAGGUUCUUUUUCUGUGCUCAUCACUUUGUGGAAAUGCUUAAGUUUCUAUGUGGCCUAGAUUUUGGUCUCUGUUAUUUUAGCAAUGACAUUAUGUAACAGAUAAGACCCAUGCUUUUCCCCCAAUUUCCUUAGUAUUACACUUCACACCUUCUAGGCCCGAGCAAAGUGAUGCUAACUACAUCACUGUUGAUUGGGAAUCAGGAAAAGCUCUAUACUUCACACUCUGCCCUUUUAUCUUUCCUUCAUUUUAAUAAAUGUGUAUUUCUUUAAUAAUCAAGUUUGUAACAGGAUUCCGUAAUGAAAGAGCUUUCGGUAUCAUCGUGGACUAAAUGAUAUUAAUUUUUGUAAAUGGUACAUGUAAUGCUGUGAUUUCACAACAUCUGUAUUAAGAAGCUUGGGUCGAGAAAGAGGAGACACUGAAGUGAUUUUAUGUAGAAACACCAGAUUAAGGACCCAUUUUCCUCAAUGAUGCGGGAUCACCAAAUGCCAGUCAUAGAGGUGACACAAUGGGGAGACGACCGCAAAGGAAUACAUUGCAACACAAGUUCCUUGCAAGAAGUUAUCCCCGCUGGACAUCAUGGAAACUGGCCACAGUAGAAGUUCGUCCUCGUUCCUUUCAGAACACUUCUUGUUUCUGAUGGUUUGGUGCAGUAAAAUAAAAGCCACAACAAAUGGAAA